AUGGCCGGCUGGUUCUCCUCAACGUCGCCGCUCGACGAGCAGAUCGAGCGGGCGACCGGCUCCUCGCUGGAGGACAUCGCUCUGAAUCUGGAGAUCUCAGAUAUGGUUCGAUCGAAGAGUGUCCAGCCCAAGGAUGCUAUGAGGUCUCUGAAGCGUCGAUUGGAGAAUCGAAACCCGAACGUUCAGCUAGCAACUUUGAAGUUGACCGAUACAUGUGUCAAAAACGGUGGCACCCACUUCCUUGCCGAGAUCGCAUCCCGUGAAUUCAUGGACAAUCUAGUGUCGCUACUCAAAUCUGAAGGCGCUCCAUUGAACCCCGAUGUUCAACGAAAGAUCUUGGAGCUUAUCCAGAACUGGGCGAUGGCGGCACAGGGCCGGAUGGACUUGAUCUAUCUGGGGGAAACGUACAGGAAGCUGCAAAACGAAGGAUUCCAGUUUCCUCCAAAGACGGAAAUGAGCGGUUCUAUGUUGGAAAGCAAUGCGCCACCAGAGUGGAUUGAUUCAGACGUGUGCAUGCGAUGCCGCACGGCUUUUAGCUUUAUGAAUAGGAAACACCAUUGUCGAAACUGUGGCAACGUCUUUGAUCAACAAUGCUCGAGCAAGACCCUCCCGCUUCCACAUCUCGGAAUCCUUCAGCCCGUCCGAGUCGACGAUGGAUGCUACGCUAAAUUGACAUCGAAGUCAUACACGCCAGCUGGCCUGUCCGAUCGCUCUGCAUUUAAGAAUCAUUCCAUUACCAAAUCCAAUAAUAUGGAGCCCCGUGGUGCCAAAGCGGAUACUAGUUUCGAUGACGAUCUUCGUCGGGCAUUGCAGAUGAGCCUCGAGGAGGCCGAAGGAAGAGGACCCACUGGAUUUGUGCCGCAGACCGGUAAUGCCCCCGAACAGCCUAAGCCACAUACUGCUCCUGCUCCUGGCCCUUCGAAUGUGGAAGAAGAAGAUGCGGAUCUGAAGGCUGCAAUUGAAGCUUCCCUCCGGGAUAUGGAAGAGCAUAAGCAGAAACAUGCGGCUGCGUUGAAGAGCAAUCCUCCACCAUCCACUGCUUUCCAUGAUUCAUCCACCACGUCAACCCCCCUACCAAAGAACCCAUACGAGCUCAGUGCUGUGGAGGCAGAGAAUAUCCACCUUUUUUCUACUCUUGUCGAUCGACUACAACACCAGCCGCCUGGAACUAUUCUUCGAGAACCCCAAAUUCAAGAACUCUACGAGAGCAUUGGUACACUUCGGCCAAAAUUAGCCCGCAGUUAUGGAGAAACAAUGAGCAAGCAUGAUACACUCCUUGAUCUACACUCCAAGCUCUCUACUGUCGUUCGUUACUACGACCGAAUGCUGGAAGAGCGAUUGUCUAGUGCCUAUUCUCAACAGAACCUGGGCUACGGAGCUAUUCCUGGUGCCGCACAGUACCCAGUCAUGCCCGGUGUGCCCUCUCAUGCACCAGAUACGAAGUCUAGCGCUGAGAACUAUUAUUACACGAACGCGCCAGACACUCCCCGUGCAUCCACAUAUGUGCCUCGUCAGGUCAGCGGCAGUGGCUAUGAUGCGCCUCCUGGUGGAGUGACGAAUCCGGCCUACUCGCAACACGCGCAUAAUAAUUGGGGCCAGAACCCAUACCCAUCGCUGGGAUCGCCUCCACCGCAAAGCAAUGCUAUUCCCAACAACCAGGUUGCACCUGGACCGGCUGGCGCACCCCAGUACUACGUCCCUCAGGCGGAGCAAGAUCCCUCUCAAUUGCAAUUCUCCGAAACCUCCUAUCACCCGUCACCCGUCAUGCGGCGAGACUCACAAUACCAGGCCAGCGCACCUCCCGCUGGUCUUACCCCCAGUGCCCCCGAACCGCACUCGCCCGAGCAAGUCCACUCACCUACUUACUCCAGUGUGCCUCCAGUAGGGCCCGCGCUACAACAGCAGCAUACUGAGGCACCUCCUCAAUCUUAUUAUUAUCAACCUCAGCAGCCCAGUGCAGUGCCUUCGGGUUAUCCUCCAAUGGCUGCGGGCCAACCGGGCGCAUAUCCAGACGCCUCCCAAGCGCAGCCACCCGCCUCACACCAACCUUCCCGGCCUGUGGAGGAGAGCCUGAUUGAGCUAUAA